CUUAAUAUAUUCCAGGCACAAUAUAGCACGACACAAAUGACACCCAUCAUGUUGGGAACAUUUUUGGGUGUUGUGUCCGUUGCCUUGCAAGAGGUUUUACACCGCUAGCAUUCCUGACAUUCCCAACCUCCACAUUGCCACAAACAACAGUACUUCAUUCUUUAUCGACGCCUCAAAAGGAAUACUAUAAACAGGUGCUAGCACAACAUAUGUUCCUAACACGUCCUAUUUAUACGGCUCCUGAUCCAGUUAUCAAAAACAUAACACAGAAAGAAACAAAGAAGAAGAAAAAAACAUGUUAGUACCUGCUAGUUUAUUCAUUGGUACCUUAAUAAUCAUAUGCAUAACUCACUGGGUUUAUAGAUGGAGAAAUCCCGGAUGCAAUGGAAAACUUCCUCCCGGUUCUAUGGGCUUCCCAAUUAUUGGCGAAACUCAUCGGUUCUUUACACGAACUACUUCAUCCGAUGUCCCUCCUUUCAUGAAAGAAAGAAUGGAAAGAUACGGUCCAGUUUUUAAAACGAGUUUGGUUGGGCAAUCCUUCAUCGUAUCAACAGAUCCUGAAGUCAAUCACUUGAUAAUAUCUCAACUAGAAGGCGAAUCGUUCGUGUUUUGGUAUCCUGAUACUUUUACAAAGAUAUUUGGGCAACAAGGUGUACAGUCACUACAUGGGUCCAUUCAUAAGUACAUAAGAAACAUGGUUUUGAGUCACUUUGGUCCUGAAAGUCUGAAACAUAAGCUUCUUCCUCAUAUAGUACAUAGGGUACAGAGAGAUUUAUCGGUGUGGGAAAAUCAGGAUAGCGUAGAUUUGAAAGAAGCCGUUGUGAAGAUGGUAUUUGAACUAACUGCAAAAGAACUCAUCUGCUACCAAUAUAAUCCAACCAAGCCCUCAGAGAAUCUUAGAGAAUGUUUUAUUGCAUUCAUGGAAGGAUUGAUUUCUUUUCCGCUCGAUAUUCCUGGGACCGCAUACCACAAAUGCUUACAGGGUCGUAAGCAAGCAAUGAAGAUUUUGAAAAAUAUGUUACAAGAGAGACGAAUUACACCUAAAAGUUGUCCAGAAGAUUUCUUUGAUUAUCUCUUGGAUGAACUGAAAAAUGAAGACACAGUGCUAAGUGAAGCAAUUUGUUUAGACUUAAUGUUUUUUGUUCUCUAUGGCAGCUUUGAGACGACUUCUAUAUCAAUAACUUUUGCCGUUAAAUUGCUUACAGAAAACCCUGCAGUUCUGGAGGAAUUAACGGAAGAACAUGAAGCACUUAUCCGUAACAGAAAAAACGGUGAUGCACCACUCACAUGGAAAGAAUACAAAUCAAUGAAAUUCACAAAUCAGGUUCUCAAUGAAGUUGUGAGAUUGGCAAAUAUUGUUCCUGGAGUUUUUAGAAAAGCAUUGAAAGAUAUACCUAUACAGGGUUACACCAUACCAGCAGGGUGGGCUGUCAUGUUAUGCCUUCCAUCAGUGCAUCUGAAUCCUGUAAAGUACAAAGAUCCCCUUGAAUUCAAUCCACAUAGAUGGGAUGGAGUGGAGUUAAAUGGAGGAACAAAAGAUUUCUUGGCUUUUGGUGCUGGUCAGAGAUUUUGUGUUGGAACAGAUUUUGCCAAACUUCAGAUGGCUGUUUUUCUUCAUUACUUGGUGACAAAGUACAGGUGGAAAACAAUCAAAGGAGGAGAUAUUGCCCGGAUUCCUGGUUUAACAUUUCCAAAUGGUUUUCACAUUAAAAUCUCAGAAAAGAAUACCUGAAAGGAAGCUCGCUAAUUGGUUGAUGCAGUUCAGAGAUUAUGCCCACAAAGCACUGUGUUUAUUUUGCAAUUGUAAUUUCUAUUUUGACUAUAAUAAGAUCUGAUGCAGUGCAGCGAUUCUGCCUAGAGGUAAUAACGGUUUUCUGCUAUAAUAGUUAUGGGUGUGCCUAUUAUUCCUGUCUAUUCUGUUACAUGUGAAUAAGUGUGCUAUUGGCACAUUCUGAGAGAAUGAGUGAAUGUGUGUUUAAAUUGUGUGUGGUUGUUAUCUGUUUGGUUAAUGCAAGAUUCCGGUUCUUAUAACUUUUCUAUU